ACAGAUGCACCAUCUCAAAUGCAGCAACAUGUACCAAGUGCCUUGCUGUGGGCCCAGAAUGUGGAUGGUGUACUCAAGAGGAUUUCAUGGCUGGAGCAAAGCAGAAGGAACGGUGUGACAUAAUUUCACAUUUAAUUGCCAAAGGAUGCAGACCAAACUUCAUAGAAAAUCCCAAAGUUGGUGUAAUGGUUUCCAACAAUGAAGUUAAUAUACAGGUGACACCAGGAGAGAUUUCAAUCCAACUACAUCCAGGAUCUGAAGCAAGUUUUAUUUUGAAAGUCCGCCCUCUGGAAAAGUACCCUGUGGACCUCUACUAUUUAGUUGAUGUGUCUGCAUCUAUGCACAAAAACAUAGAAAAAUUAAAUACCGUUGGAUUUGAUUUAUCUCAAAAAAUGGAAAAUAUUUCCCUUGAUUUAAGACUUGGAUUUGGAUCGUAUGUGGAUAAGACGGUGACUCCUUACAUUAGUAUUCACCCGGGAAGAAUCCAUAAUCAGUGCAGUGAUUAUAAUCUGGAUUGUAUGCCACCUCAUGGCUACAUAAAUGUAUUGUCCCUAACUGACAAGAUAACAGAAUUCAGAAGUGCAAUUAAUAGGCAAAAAAUCUCUGGCAAUAUUGAUACACCUGAAGGAGGCUUUGAUGCUAUGCUUCAAGCAGCUGUAUGCCAGAGCCAAAUUGGUUGGCGCAGGGAAGCAAAGCGUCUUCUUCUCAUGAUGACAGACCAGACUUCUCAUCUCGCUCUUGACAGUAAAUUAGCAGGGAUAGUAGUUCCUAAUGACGGAAACUGCCAUUUGAAAGAUAACGUGUACGUCAAAGCAACCAGUAUGGAGCAUCCAUCACUUGGUCAACUUUCUGAAAAACUCAUAGACAACAAUAUUAAUGUAAUAUUUGCAGUCCAAGGAAGCCAGUUUCACUGGUAUAAGGACCUUCUGCCUCUGCUGCCUGGUACUAUUGCAAGGCAGAUAGAAUCACAAGCAGCAAAUCUUAGUGAUUUGGUGGUCGAUGCUUAUGAGAAGCUGCUCUCUGAAGUGAAAAUUCAGGUGGAUAACACAAUCCAAGAUAUACGUGUCAAUGUUACUGCAAUCUGUCCUGACGGAAGUAGAAAAACAGGCUUUGAAGGAUGCAAAAAUGUGAAAUCUACAGCUGAAGUGCUCUUCAACAUAUCCAUUGCCAUGAAAGGAUGUGGUUCAGUUGGAGGAGGGGGAAAAUAUGUGAUGCUUAAACCGAUCGGCUUCAAUGAAUCCACCAGGGUUAAUAUACAUACAAGAUGUUCUUGUCAAUGUGAGGACAGCAUAAAGCACAGAAGAAUAUGUUCCGAGGAAACAUCUCUAGAUGUUGACAUGUCCACCUGUAAGGGUAGUAGUUGUAGUUCCAGUGAUGAAUUACCUUCUGAGCAGUGCAAGAUGCAGAAGAACCAUCCAGUCUGCAGUGGUCAGGGAGACUGCAUAGAUGGACAGUGUGUUUGCCGAAAAACCAAACUUGGCUCAAUAUAUGGUAAAUACUGUGAGAAGGAUGACUUUUCCUGCCCAUAUCACCUUGGAAUCAUGUGUGCUGGGAAUGGUGACUGUGAAGUAGGCAAAUGCAGAUGUUUCGAUGGCUGGGAAGGUGACCAUUGCCAGUGUCCUUCAUCCUCAAGAAAGCACUGCCUUAACUCAAAUGGCCAGAUCUGCAGUGGAAGAGGAACUUGUAUGUGUGGAAAAUGCAAGUGCACCGAUUACAACAGUUUUGGUCACUUGUGUGAAUUCUGCCCUACUUGCAGUACAACCUGCAGUGAAAAGUGGAACUGUGUGCCGUGUCAUCAUUCUAAUUCCUCUCAAAUUACUCUUGACCAGUGCAAAGCCUCCUGCACUUACAGGGCCCAUUAUAUUGAAAAAUCUUCAGAAUGCAUCUCUAAUGAUCCAAGCUACUGUAGAAUCUUUUUCAUAAUCUUUAUAGUUACAUUUCUUUUUGGGUUGCUUAAUGUACUCAUAAUCCGGCAAAUAGUUCUGCAGUGGAGCAAUAAUAAACUGAAAUCUUCAGCUGACUAUAGAGUACCUGCAGCAAAAAAGGAUAAGAUGUUCUUGCCUGCUGUUUGUACAAAAACCGUAACUUACAGACGUGAUAAGCCUGAAGAAAUAAACAUCAGCCCUACCAAGUUACAAGUAAAUGAAACUUUCAAAUGCGACUCCUGAAGAUGAACCAUUUUCUUCAAAGCCUUGUUUUUGCAGGAGAGAAAGUUUAUUUGAGAGGCCCGUGUCUGAUAC